CUUUGCAAACUCACUAGCUUUACAGUAGAAGAGAGUUUUACCGAUUCUUGGUGUAAUCAUUUUUUAAUCCUAUAAAACCGGUCCAAUAUUUAAUGUGUGGGCGGGCACAGCUGAACAUUCUGAUGUCACAGGGUAACGUGACAUCAGAUGCCUCUGGAACUUUAGUCAUUAAGGAAGCAUUCCACUCAGAAUUCUCACACUUCUACCAGUUGAGCUCAAAGAGAGACAAACGUUGGAAAAACUGAAGCAAGACUAACUUAAAUCAGCUAAACACAAUGAGCUACGGCAAAUGUAAGUAUUUUUUCUUUAAACAGUUAUAAACCUGGGAUAAUAAACUUCUGGGAGAUCUAACUAAAAGAUUUCUGACAGCAUUGUCAGUAAUAAUUUAAGCAGAAAAAGUUUUUUUCAUUUUUGAAGUAAUUGAUCCUCAGACACUUUUCAUACAUUUUGUAGAUUGUUUAAGUUGACUUUGAAACUACAGUAAGACAAUGAGUUAAUGUACAAAUGUAGGAUUAUACUCUCUUUAGUAGAUCUUAACGGCAGUCAAAAUGAUGAUCUGAUUUUCAUGACUAGAAAUGCUGACAGUUUUAAACUUGAAAUAACAUUCAACACUAAAAAGUAAAUGUCACAGCUGUGUUGUCUUUUUAAAAUGUUUUGUGUCAGAGUCACGACAACCUUCGUGUUUUUGUUUUUCUUCACAGAUAUGUUGAGGAGAAGCCUCCGCCUGCUAUUGAACGGGUACUACAGCUUUGAUGGAGUACCGACUGUUUCAUACAAAGAGACCAGAGUCAGGUAAGUUAAAUCACCAAAUAUUUUUAAAUCAUGUACACUGGGUUUCUGCGGGGCAUUAAAAAUCAUUAAAAGUCAUUAAAUGAAAUUUUUUUUAAAUGAAGGCCUUAAUUAGCAUUAAAAUCAUUAAAUGUGAUUAUCUGUGGCAUUAAAAAUGCCUUAUUUUUUCUUCUAAAAAAAUACGUCCAUAAAAACAGUUUCAUCAGAUAUAUUAUAUCAGAUAUAACUGAUUCCGUGUGUUUGCGCGGGACCAAACACGCUGAACUGCUUCCGGUUGUUCGUAAAGCUGUAUGUUUUUACAAUGUUUGGAAAAGGAGCUCGAGGCGCAGAAAGAGCUAGAGAAUGGGAAAAUGCUAAUUUCAACAAAAGUGUAUGAAAACGAGGAAUUCGGGACAUGGCUGCAGCCUGUCGACGGAGAUGCAGAAGUCGGCGGCUAUUAAACGCAAGAACAACAGCAGUCCCUGCAGAAGACGGCAGCGGCAAUAUAAAUCAGAAAAACUACACACUGAAAACAUUUUGUUGGAUCAUCAUCAUCUUCUUUUCCCUGUUUUAUGGAUGUGCCUACCUGUUUUCUGCUCUGCCCUCACAACCUUCAGAGACACUCGUUACACCAAAUGCAACGGACAUGGUCUUAACCCCAGGAUGUAAGGAUCUGGAAAAGCUCUUAGCCAACCAGCAUGAAGUGCUGCUGAGGAUAAAGAAAGAGGUGGACUACCUUCUACCACCAGCAGAUCUGUUGCCCAACUUUGCUCUGCAAUCUCAAGGAGCGAGGAUUUUACACCAAAUGACCUCAGACACGUAUCAGAGCAGAGAAACGUGUAGUUUGUAUGGAUUAGCAAUACGACGACCAGCUGUGGGACCAACGAUUGUAAUCCAGGGAAAGUCCCAUCUGCUUCCAGGACAAUGCUGGGCCUUUGCAGGUUCCAAAGGACGUUUAUCAAUUGCCCUGCCUUACAAAGUUUCCAUCAGCCAUGUCACCCUGGCUCACAUUCCCAAAAUGUUAUCACCGACUGGCACCAUCCCCAGCGCUCCAAAAGAGUUUUCUGUCUUUGGAAAGAAUGAUUUGCUAGACGAGGGGAGCCUUUUAGGAACUUUUCUCUAUAAUGAGGAUGGAGACCGGCUGCAAACCUUCAAACUCCCUGAUCAUAAAAUGGGUGCCUUCACCUACAUAACUUUACAAGUGAAGAGCAAUUGGGGCCAUUCUGAGUACACCUGUCUCUAUGGCUUUCGAGUACAUGGAAAAUUGGAGGAAUGAACAGGAGGACAAAAGAGAAGGAAAGGGGAUAAUCAGAGGGUAGUAAGUAAAAAUGGGGGUAAGUAUAUGUGAAGGUGAAUCAGACUGAAAAAACAAUUAAGUAAAAAAAAAAAAUCUCAAUCCUAUUAAAAUAUAUUACUAGAAUUAUUUGAAGCUGUGAAAGUUGUUUUGAAAAUAUCUGCAAAUGUGUUUAUUUUGUUUAAAAAAAUGCUGGUGGGAAAUAAAAUAUUAAGUGGGCCAGAGUUGAGUUUAAACUAGAUGAGAAGAGGUGAAUAAAUUGGGGGAGGGGGUGUGGUGUGUACAUUAGUGCCUCCUACUGAUUAGGAAAAGAAAUACGGCAAGUUUGUGGGUUGAUCAAUUAGCUGUUUGGGAACCACGGUCUAAGCUUUAGACUACCAUUGCAUACAAGGCACUUGUAGGUACUUUCUUCUGCAAGUUUAACAGCAAAUAUUUUUAAAAAUGUUCAGUCUAAUUCACCUUCACUUUAUCUGCAGAGUGUGGAAUAUUUUUGUGCAGAGUUUGCAUGUUUUCUCUGUGUUUGCAUGGGUUUUCUCCAGGUGCUCUGGUUUCCUCCCACACCAAACAUGCACUAAGAUCAUUAAAAAAAAUCCAUAAAUGCCAAUGAGAAAGUUUUGUUAAAACCUUAGUUAUAAAAUGGGAUAAGCAUCAAAUAACAAAAAAAAAAAAAAAAAAAAAAAAA